UCACUCUCCUCCGGCUCCAGCCGCUGGGCCAAGAUGGCGGCGCUGAGCAAGUCCAUCCCCCACAACUGCUACGAGAUCGGGCACACCUGGCACCCCCACUGCGGGCGAGCCUUCGUGCACAUCACCCAAGGGGCGUUUGGAGAGUCGCUCCGCAUCUAUGGGACCCUUUACCUGAUCGCUGCAAUUCUCCGGAAACGAAAAUGUGAUUAUUAUUUGAACAAGCUGCUUCCUGAAAUUCUGCAAUCAACAUCCUUCCUUACAGCAAAUGGGAGUCUUUACAUUCUGUUUUUCUGCGUUUUAAGGCGAAUACUGGGAAAAUUCUAUUUUUGGAGUCCUGGUUUCGGUGCUGCUUUACCGGCAUCCUAUAUAGCCAUUCUUAUUGAAAGGAAGAGCAGGAGGGGAUUGCUUACAAUUUACAUGGCCAAUUUGGCCACAGAAACACUAUUCCGCAUGGGAGUAUCAAGAGGACACAUUACCCCUUUAAGACACGGAGAGGUCCUUUUGUUCUGUGUAACAGCUGCCCUGUUUAUGUUCUUUUUCAGGAGCAAGGAUGGUUUGAAAGGAUUUACAUUCUCCGCACUAAAAUUCAUUGUAGGGAAAGAAGAAAUUCCCACCCAUUCGUAUGUACCAGAAGGCGCUUUUGUAAAGCGAGAAAGAAAAACAAAACACUGCAAAGAUAUAACACAACAAAUGAAUUUUAUUGCUGCAACAAAAAAAAUUGUGGAUAACAUAUGCAAAAAUGGUCCCAGGCACAGAUGCUGUAAGCACUAUGAAGAUAAUUGCUUCUCAUAUUGCAUUAAAGGCUUCAUUAGGAUGUUUAGCGUUGGAUACUUGAUCCAGUGUUGCCUUCACAUCCCAUCCACGUUCCGACAUCUGUUUACCAAACCAUCCCGGCUUCUCUCACUUUUCUACAACAAAGAAAAUUUCCAGCUUGGAGCUUUCCUUGGGUCAUUUGUCAGUAUAUACAAAGGUACAAGCUGUUUCCUGCGAUGGGUACGGAACCUGGACGAUGAAGUACACGCACUUGUUGCAGGGUCCCUAGCUGGAUUGUCAAUGAUGUUUUACAGAAGCACAUCUAUUUCAAUGUACCUGGCUUCCAAACUAGUAGAGACCAUGUAUUUCAAAGGCAUCGAAGCUGGAAAGGUUCCUUAUUUCCCUCACGCGGACAGUAUAAUCUAUGCUGUAUCCACAGCCAUCUGCUUCCAAGCUGCUGUGAUGGAAGUCCAGAACCUGAGACCUUCAUACUGGAAAUUCCUAUUGCGAUUAACGAAAGGAAAAUUUGGUGUCAUGAACAGAAAAGUAUUAGACGCAUUCGGUACUGAAGCAUCUAAGCAUUUUAAGGAUUUCUGUCCAGAACUCGACCCAAGAUACACAAUUGUUCCACCAGAGAGACCUAUUGAAAAAUUUUGGAACUGAUAUAUCCGUUUGUGAUUAUGUCUGACCAAUGGCUGUCCUAAAGAGUUAAUUAACAGUCAAAUAGAUGGAAGAAUGCUUGUGUUCCACAUCAGUAUUGUUUCAGUGAGUUAUGUUAUACAAUCAAAAUACUGAAACACCAUAGCAAGGUGUGACUUAAUUCCACUUCCCUUCUUAGAUAGAAGCUCUGGGUCACUGUGGCUGGUUGACACAACCUGGUAGAUUUUUUAAAAAAAAUUACAUUAUAUAUCGAC